GGCGCUCCCGGCGGGGCGGGCCCAGCGCCGCCGCCGCUUCCCGCACCGCCUAAUAAGGAUGGCACCGGCGGCGGGAGGCCUCGGGCAGUCAGGGGCGGUGAGAGGGGUCACAGAACGGUUUGGGUUGAAAGGCAUCUGAAGAUCGUAAAUCCCCCUUGCCGUGGGGAUUUACACCUUCCGCUCUAGCCCAAGCACCCAAGUGUUUUGAAGACCUCCAGCCCUCUGUGUCUCCUCGCUGGUCAGAAUGCCUGGACGUGGAAAGAAACAAGCAUUGGCUGGCAGCCCUGGAAGUGCAUCAAAGAAAUACAAAUCAGCCAAGGCAGGUCUGCAGUUCCCUGUGGGCCGUGUCCAUAGGCUCCUGCGAAGAGGGAAGUACGCUAACAGGAUUGGCUCUGGCGCUGCCAUCUACCUGGCUGCAGUGAUGGAGUACGUGACAGCAGAGGUCCUGGAGCUGGCGGGGAAAGCUGCGCAUGAAAACAGGAAGACAAAGAUUCUGCCCAGGCACAUUCAGCUGGCUGUGAGAAAUGAUGAUGAGCUGAGCAAGGUCUUUGCCAGUGUGACCAUUCCUCAAGGCGGGGUUAUGCCAAAUAUCCUUUCUCAGCUCCUUCCGAAGACAUCUAGUGGAAAUGUUGCUUUUUCUCAAGAAUAUGGUGGCAGCCAGUGAAACUUGUUCUUUCUGGUCUGGUCUGUGCACUUAUGGGGACUCAGUACCACUGCACUGUGCACUUAUGGGAGCACUUAUGCACUGUGCACUUAUUGGGGCUCAGUGCCACUAAUUUGUGCUUACUUCUUUCAGUAUUUUGCCUGCUAAUU